CGUUGCAUUGGAGUUUUGCUAAUCAAAAUGUGAUUCAAAAUGUGGGGUGAGAAGUUUAAACAAAAGUAUUGGGAAUUUCUCAACUAUCUGUGCCUCGAACCAAAACGAUUGAUAAAAGUUAUAGUGUUGUGUGCUUGCAGUGUGGUGGUAGUUUUUCAGUUAACGGAGUGCUUCCAGAAGCUGAUCAAUCCUCCGAUCAACACACAUUCUCGGUUCGAGUUGAACGACUCGAUGCUGUACCCGGCGAUCACGUUCUGUCGGAACCCGCCGUACAAAUCCGCGGUGAUGGAACGCUACAAUCUGUCCCAUCAUCCAAAGUAUGCCAAUUCCUUUAAAAACUUCAACUUCAACGAAAGUACUCUGGAUGAGGUAUUCCAGGAGGCCACCUACAAUCAAAGUGAAUUCUUCAUCCAGUACGGUUUGGACAGUCUGCGGGAAAAUGUUGAAGUUAUCAGCAGUAUGCAUUUGGAUAUGGGUCAAUGUUUUACGCUGAACCCACUGACGACAACGAAUCAUUCCUGGAAAGAAGUUGGAUAUUCGAUUAUGUUGCAGCAUGAUGUGAAACAUUCGGAGGCCCCCCUUUUUGGUGAAGAUUUGCCGGGUUGGCACGUUUUCAUUCACGCCCAGGCAGAAGGAUUUGCAGAAAAUCGCAUGCAAUCUUCCGGCCGAGUUGAAUAUCUGUUCAUGGAAGUUGACGAGGAAGUGGAGGUUAAACUAACAACGCAACAUUUCCACAUGCUCCCAAGCAGUGACAAUUUGUGUACCACGGAGUCGGAAAUGAGUUCCACCAGGUGCAGCGAACUUUGUCACUGGAGCCACGUGGUCGAACAGGUCGGCUGUACCGGUCCCUGGAUGCCGGAUAUAGAAGGCGAACAGUGUCACACGGCCCACGAUACCCAGCAGCUGAUUAAGUACUACAAACUGAUGGAAGACAUGGAUAGUACCGUUUGUGGAUGCUACCAACCUUGUUCGGGUUCCAUCUUCACGUCGUUCGUUAUGAACCGGAAGCAUUUCAACAUAUCAAUCCCGGCGGCACAGUUGUGGAUGUACUACACUUCGAAGAUGGUCACCAUCGUCGAAGAGUUCCACGGAUACGAUCUCACUCAGUUCGUUGCCGACUUGGGUGGUUCACUGGGUUUUCUGUUGGGACUAUCGGUGCUUGGCUUGAUUGGACUACUGGAAAAGAUUUUUGAGCUACUUUUUAUUCGAAGAUGGAUUGCCGAGAGAAAAAUAAAACGAAAGCUAAAUGAAGGAUUCGAAAACAGUACAGAGAAAAGGCAGGACGAACUCAGUCAGCAUGAAUCGUCCGAUGCAACAUUGGCGGUUGCGAAUAUCAAAAAAUAAGCAUCACACGCAACCGGUACUGCGAGUUUUCUCUCAGCGUGUCUAACGUUUUGUUGUGUAAUUUUAGAUGACCCCCAAAUGUAACG